AUGGACCCAGAUCAAUCCCAUGGUGAAGAGCCCUCACCUACCUCGCAGAACCAUUCCCCGACCCCGAGACCAAUGCAGCCGAUCAAGAAGUCUAAGCUGGUCUCGCCGCCGCCCGAGGCGGCCCCCGUGCGGCUGGACAGGGACACCGGCGAGGUCACCUUGGCCCGCCGCCUGGACCGGGAGGCCAGGGCCAAGUGGGACGUCACCUGCCGGGUCCAGGAGAGAGCAGGAAAGAAUUGGUACCUGGUGCAUUUAGAACUUACUGUGACGGAUGUAAAUGACAAUGUUCCGGAAUGGGCCAUGAAACCGUUCCCCUACUUAACCACAGUUUCACCAAAAGCUGUGGCAGGCACCAGAGUGUACAAACUGAUGGCUGAAGAUCAAGAUGAAGCAGAAAAUGGAGCCAUUGAAUAUUUUCUUAUGGAUGGUGGAGAAGAUAGAUUUGAGGUGGAAAAGGACACUGGAUGGAUUAAAACAACAGGCCUACCUUUGGUGAAGGAGAGGGAGUAUUUACUAACUGUGCUAGCUGCUGACAAACCUGGUCGCCAAGGGUCCCCUGCCUCUGUUUUUGUGUUGGCUGGCCGCCGAGUGCCACAGUUUGCUAACACAUCAUACUCUGUUUAUGUUCCUGAAAAUAUGCCAGUGGAUGAACCGUUCUUGACGGUGUCUGCUUUCUCACAUCAAAACAAGUCGCUGAGCUACAGCCUUGUCAUGAAUCCAAACGGGUUGUUUGCCAUUAACCAGGCAACAGGCGACAUCUACCUCAGCCGAAAUGUGGAUUACGAGAAUGAACAACACCAGUAUCUCCUUGUGGCCCAGGCGAGGGAAGACCCAGGGCAGCUCAGCAGUACGGUGGAGAUUUGGGUUGUAAUCACAGAUGUCAAUGACUGUGCCCCAGAAUUCCAGCAGUCCAUCUACACCAAAGACAAUGUUCCUGAAUCGGUAACUCCAGCAACUGCACUUCUGCAAGUGUCAGCCAGUGAUUGCGAUUCUGAAGAAAAUGCAGAAAUACAAUAUUACACUCUGAGCCCUGAUUUCAGAAUUUCUGCCCAAGGCACUAUCUUCCCAACAGCAGAGCUGGACUAUGAACGUCCUAAUCACCUUUAUGAGUUUGUAAUAAUGGCUGUUGAUAAAGGAGAACCACCAAGGACUGGAACUGCAAUGGCCAGGAUCCGUAUUUCAAAUGUCAAUGAUGAACCACCCAGGUUUUCACAACCGGUCUACAGGAGUUUCGUUUCUGAAGAUGCAGGUCCCAACACAUUGAUAGCAGCAGUACACGCUAUUGAUCCCGAUGGAGAUGGUGUUUCUUAUUGUAUUACUGGAGGGAAUCAAAAGGGGAAUUUUAUUAUCGAUUCUCAGAAAGGGUUAAUUCGCCUUCGUUCAAGCCCACCUCCUAAACUGCAAGGGACAGAAUAUGUGCUAAAUAUUACAGCUACAGAUGACAAUGCCUCUGAAGGGCCCCACUCUCUCAUGAGCACUGUUCUGCUUCUGGUGCAUGUAGAUGAUGUCAAUAACAACAAGCCUGUCUUUCAGAAGUGCCAGGAUUAUCGCGAACAAGCAUCUGUCUUGGAGAAUCAGCCAGUGGGAACAUUCGUAUUACAAGUGGAGGCUACAGAUGCAGAUGAAGGAUCAAAUGGCAGAGUGAAAUAUGGCCUGAUGCACAGAGAUGGUACCCUCCCUGCAUUUAACAUUCACCCUGACACAGGUGUCUUGACAACACUUCAGAUAUUUGACCGAGAAAAGCAGAAAGAGCAUCCUAUUACAGUGACCGCAACAGACCAGGCAGCAGAGCCUCUCAUUGGAAUCUGCCAGAUCAACGUUGUCAUCUUGGAUGUGAACGAUAACAGCCCCCGAUUUGAAAACACUCACUAUGAAUAUUUCCUAAGGGAAGACACAGACGUGGGAACGAGCUUUCUUCGUGUUGCAGCCAAUGAUGAUGACUAUGGUUCAAAUGCUUCUGUUACAUAUUCAAUCGUGAAUGGAAAAAUGAAAUAUUUCCAGGUCAAUCCUACCACAGGCUGGGUUUAUGUCAGCCAACCCCUAUUGCAGAAAUCCUUUAUAAUUCAGGAAAUCACAGCAAUGGAUGGUGGGAACAGGAGCACUAAAGUUGAACUUCGAGUCACCAUCACUAGUGCAAAAAACCAGCCCCCUCAGUGGGAAAAAGACAGUUAUGAAGUCACCAUCCCAGAGAAUACAACAAGGGAUGCCUCCGUCGUGACUAUUAAAGCAACAUCACCCCUUGGUGACCCACGUAUAACAUAUAAUCUAGAAGAGGGGCUAGUUCCAGAGACCAACAUGCCAAUCCGAUUCUACUUGACUCCAAACAGAGAUGAUGGUUCUGCAUCUAUCCUUGUAGCCGAGCCUUUGGAUUAUGAAACCACUAAGAGUUUUUUGCUAAGGAUUCGAGCCCAGAAUGUAGCUGCAGUGCCGCUUGCUGCAUUUGCCACUGUCUAUAUUAAUGUGACAGAUGUGAAUGACAACGUCCCUUUCUUCACCUCAUCAAUUUAUGAAGCUUCUAUAACAGAAGGAGCAGAGGUUGGAACACUGGUUUUUCAAGUUUCUGCCACUGACCUAGACCUUGGCCAGAAUGGUGAGAUCACGUAUUCUCUGCUACCUGAUCGCAGUGGGGACUAUGCAUUUUUUCAUUUGGACUCAAAAACAGGUUCAAUCUAUACUGCCUCUGUGUUUGAUCGAGAAAAGAAAGCAUCAUACCUUUUGGAAGUCAAGUCAACAGAUGGGUCAGAAUCAGCUCGACCUGGAAAACAUGGGCAGCCUAAUUCUGACACAGCCUACGUGCGCAUUUUUAUCAGUGAUGUGAAUGACAACAAGCCUGUCUUUACCAAGAGCGUCUAUGAAGUCAAUGUGGAUGAAGACCAAGAUGUGGGAUCAACUGUCAUUACCGUCAGCGCUAAUGAUGAAGACGAAGGAACCAAUGCAAAGUUAAGAUAUCAAAUAAUGGCUGGAAACACUAGAGGAGGGUUUGAUGUCGAGCCAGAAAUGGGAGUGAUCUUCAUUGCCUGGCCAUUGGAUUACGAAGAAACAGAAUUGUAUGAACUUCACCUCUUGGCUUCUGAUGGGAAAUGGGAGGAUUCGGCCAUUGUAAUCAUCAAUGUUGUGAAUAAAAACGAUGAAGCUCCUGUUUUUGCUCUCAAUGAGUAUUAUGGAAGUGUGAUUGAAGAACUUGAUGGGCUUCCAGUCUUUGUUCUUCAGGUGGUAGCAAGUGAUCCUGAUAGUGGCCUGGAUGGAGGUGAUGUAAGAUACUCCUUGCAUGGUCAUGGUGCAGAUGAUGUCUUUGCUAUAGAUGAAAACACAGGUAGCAUUUAUUCCCAGAAGGUGUUAGAUCGGGAAGAGCAUGCCCUUUGGAGAUUCGUUGUGUUGGCGACUGAUGAAGGAGGGGAGGGGCUUACAGGAUUUGCAGAUGUGAUUAUAAACAUCUGGGAUAUAAAUGAUAAUGCACCAGUGUUCACCUGUAUGCCCAGCAACUGCAAUGGAAGUGUCUUUGAAAAUUCUCCCGAUGAUACAUUUGUCAUGGAAAUGACAGCGGUAGACCUGGAUGAUGCAAAUGUAGGUCUCAAUGCAAUUUUGACCUAUCGAAUAAUUGAGAAUGUGAAAAAUGACUUUGAUAUGGACUUAUUUAAAAUCAGUCCCAGUUCUGGCAACAUCUAUGUAGCAGGAGGGAUGCUGGACAGAGAGACGAGGGAGAAAUGUUUCCUUGUAAUCGAAGCAAAAGAUGGGGGUGGAUUGACAGGAACUGGUACUGCCACCAUCUGGAUCGCAGACAUAAAUGAUCACAUCCCUACUUUCGCACAGGAUGUUUGGCAUGUUGUAAUUCCAGAAACUAUCCCUGUUAAUUCUGAAAUUCUAGAAAUAUCAGCAGCUGACGAAGACAGUGGGGAAAAUGCACACUUAACAUUCACCAUUAUUGGGGGAGAUCCAGAAGAGAAGUUUUAUAUUGAAAACUAUGAAGACCAGCGUGCUACUAUUAGGCUUAAAAAGGCCCUGGAUUAUGAGCAAACCCACGAAAGGUUGUUUAACCUUACCAUAAAAGUGGAAGACUUGGAUUUUUCUAGCAUUGCUUUCUGCUUGAUUGAAGUUGAAGACCAAAAUGACCACAGCCCUGUUUUCAGUUCUCCUUUUGUCCAGAUAAGCCCUAUUUUGGAAACUACACCCGUAGGCACCACCAUCGUCACAGUAACAGCCACAGAUGAGGAUUCUGGUUUGAAUGGGGACAUUGAGUACUCAAUCAAGGUGGAUUCAGAUCCUGCUGGGCAAUUUGCAGUAGAUCAAGAUGGUCACGUGACUGUGUCAAAAACAUUGGAUUGGGAGAUGACUCAGGAGUAUGUCUUAGUUAUCCAGGCUUCCGAUCAAGGGAAUCCACCCCGCACAGGAAGUAUUACAAUACUGAUUGACUUGCUGGAUGUUAAUGACAACGGUCCACAAUUUGAGGCGUCCUACAUGCCUGUGGUGUGGGAAAAUACUCCAGGACCUCAACUGGUUUAUAUGAAUUCUACCUCUAAUCUGCUUCAAGCUUUUGAUCCAGAUAGUGAUGAGAAUGGGCCACCUUUUAUGUUUUCAUUACCCCCAGAUUAUGAGAACAUUUUGGAUUUCUCUCUUACUGAUAAUGGAAAUAAUACGGCAACUCUUACUGCCUUGAGGUCUUUUGACAGAGAGAAGCAGAAGCUGUUCCGUCUCCCCAUUAUUAUAACAGAUAGUGGGAACCCACCCAUGAGCUCUACAAACAUCUUGUCAGUAACUAUUGGGGAUGAAAAUGACAACAUUCAUGAACCUGGCCAUAAAACGGUCUAUGUUUACACACACCGAGGAAAAUGGUCAACAACCAUGCUUGGGGAAGUGUUUGCACCAGAUCAGGAUGACUGGGACAAUAAAACGUUUGUCUCUGAAGGAAAAAUGCACAAGUCUUUCAGGCUGAAUCAAAGGACUGGCUCUCUGAUCAUGGUGGAUAAUGCUCCUCAGGGAACAUAUGAGUUAAAAGUCAGAGUGUCAGAUGGAGUUUGGCCUGAUGUUAUUGCAACUGUGGAGAUUCAUGUCAGAGAAAUAGAAAAUGAAGCCAUCCGGAAUUCAGCCACUCUGCGCUUGGCAGAUGUGACCGCAGAAGAGUUCAUGAAGAAAGAUGAGCCAGAGGAAAGCAGGCAUGACAAAUUCAAAGACCUGCUUGCAAGAAUCCUCUCAGUCUACCCUGAGGAUGUCAUUAUUUUCAGUGUGUUGAAUGUCAAUGGGAGGCAGACAGAUGUGAGAUUUGCAGUGCAGAAUGGCUCUUCCUAUUAUAGACCAGAAAAACUGCACGGGCAAGUGGCUGCCUUUAAAAACAAGAUCCAGCUGGCUUUAGGGGUCAACGUUUCUCAGACUGAUGUGGACGAAUGCCAGAGGACAGACUGUAGUGGUAGCAGUGGCUGCACAAACUACAUCACCGUGAGUGACACCCCCACAGUAAUGGACACAGGAAGUGUAUCGCUGGUCUCAAUAACCACAAGCAUCAGUGCUGUUUGCACCUGUGCAGCUCGGGAGAGAAUUCAUCGGUCGUGUAGUUCCUACUCUCACAAUCCGUGUUUCAAUGGAGGGACAUGCAUCGACAUGCUGAAUGGUUACAGGUGCAAGUGUUUUGCUUCGUUUCAUGGACCAGAUUGCCAGCAGACAAAGCGCAGUUUCCAUGGAAAUGGCUAUGCCUGGUUCCGUCCCAUCAGGCCUUGCUUCGAGAGUUCCCUCUCUCUCGAGUUUAUUACUGAUGUUCCAGAUGGCCUUCUGUUGUACAACGGUCUUUUGUCAGAUUCGGUUUCAGGGAUCUCAGAAAACUUCAUUGCAAUAGAACUUUCCAGUGGUAUUCCUGUGCUGAAAGUAAAUCAUGGUUUGGGCACCGUGGAAUUACGUCUCCCGAGCCAUGUGAACAUUACAGACAAAAGAUGGCACAAGUUGGAAGUGAGGAGCAACAGGCAGGACAUUCGCUUCACUUUGGAUUAUUGUAGAGCUGCCAUGGUGUCGGAAAUAGAAGGAGUAGGAAAAUGGCUGUCUACCGAAGACCGAACAAACUGUGAGGCUGUAGCUUUUGUUCCACAGACAAAAAGGUACUUGAAUAUGAAUCAGGUUCUUCAGCUUGGAGGAGUAAAAGAAUCAAUUCCUUACUCUUACCCACACUUACAACAGAAGCACUUCACUGGUUGCAUUCGCAACCUUGUUGUGGACACUCAGGUAUACGACCUUGAGUCUCCAGCAGAGUCUCUGAAUAGCUCUUCUGGCUGCAGCUUGACAGAUGGCGGCUGUGAGAAGGCAGCCCCCUCCCCCUGCGGUGCUCAUGGGAGAUGUCUUGGCCAGUGGGACUCCUUUGCCUGCCACUGCUUGCCCGGUUACUAUGGCUCUAAAUGUGACAAAGUUGCUGAAGAAUACUCUUUUGAGCCAGGGAGCCACGUUCAUUAUCAGCUUCCUUUCGCCAUACCCUCCCGCCGAACACUGGUAGAGGCCAUGAUCAGGAUGCGCGAGCCCAACGGUAUCAUCUUAAGCAUGUCUUCCCGGAACAAGGAUGAACACAUCACCCUGCAGGUGAUCCAGGGUUUGUUAGCAGUUUCUUACAACCUGGGAGAUGGAGCAUUUGCCGUUAGCCUUCCUUCUUACCAAGUUGAUAAUGGAGAAUGGCAUCACGUUUCCCUGGAGAGAAAUGAAAAUGAGUUCACGCUUCGCCUGGAUGGAGGAGGCGGGAAGAGGGAAAUCCUGAAGGCAGCGGGAGCCUACAAAGAAAUCAUCAUUGAUCCCAACAGCUUGGUGGUUGGCAACACACGCCCUGUCAAUCAAAACCACAGUUUCCAAGGAUGCAUGAAGGAUGUCAGAUUCAAUAACUACAGGCUACCUCUAGAGCCUUCCACGAAGGAGGUAGUGCUGAGCACCCAUGGAGUGAGAAAAGGCUGCCUCUCUGAAGCUUGCAAGAGUAAUCCUUGCAGCCAGCAGUUUAUAUGCAUUGACUUGUGGAUGAUGCAUGAGUGCAGUUGCCCUCCAGGACACAUGUUGGUGGAGAAUGCCACAGGACGACACUGCAUUUAUACUGCAUGUGCUCAGAGACCUUGUAACUAUGGCACAUGCAUCUCUCAGUCUGCAAGCAAAUUCCGAUGCCACUGUCCAGAUGGCUACUCUGGCCGUAACUGUGAAAUCACACUAGCAAUCUUCCACAAGGAUGCCGGAUUGAGUUUCAGCUCCAUGUUUGCCAUCUGCAUUUGCUUUCUGGCCCUUCUAGUUCUGUUCAGUGGCCUUUUCUUGUGGACUCGGUGGAAGAGCCACAAAAGUAAAAACAAUCGAGUCUACCAUGUCACCACAUGCCAUGACGACUUGGAGGACAUCCGAGAGAACAUCCUCAACUAUAACGAGGAAGGGGGAGGGGAACAAGAUCAAGAUGCAUACAACAUGGCAGAGCUUCAGGUAUCCCUUCAAACCAGCCCAGCUUACUCUCUCUACAAGAAGAAAGGGAAACAGACCGAGCCACACAGUCCCUUGAACAAUGAGUUCCGGGUCAGUCCAAAGGAACAGCUGGAACCUCUCUCGGCAGGAAGGGGCUCCUCCUUUUCAAGUACUGAUUUUGAAUGCUACCUGUCAGGUGUGGUGAGAAGUAUGGACCAGCAGCACCAUGCUUUACCAUGUGAUUCAUUGCAAGUGUUUUAUACAGAAGGAGAAUGUUCAGAAGCUAGCAGUCUAAGCUCCCUUGGUUCCUCUGGAUGGAACGAAGACACAGUGUAUGGAGAUAUAAGAGAAUGGGGGCCAAAGUUUGAAAAACUCAGUGAACUCUACUCCCACGUGGAGACUGAAGAGUUGUAGAACAUUCAACCUUUGUGUAAUGCUGGAAGGACCCUUAAACGUUUUGCAAAGAUACCAGUAAUGCAUUCUUGAUUAAAAAAAAAUUCAUCCUGAGAAAUUUGAAAAGACUUGAUCUACAAAGGACUUCAAAUUUUGGUCCAGAAAAGCAGCCAAUUUGUCUCUCUCUCUGCGUGUUUUCUGGGAGAUGUGAGAAUUGAAAACUGGGAUGCUUGGACAGCUAAUUUCGGAAGGCUGGGGAAAAAGGGGGAAGAAUGGGAAUGAAGUCAAUCAAAUAAUCAUUGCAGGAUUACACAAGUGCAUUAUUUGCUCGAAGAAGCUUUUCCACAGGAUGCUUUCUGUCUGUAAACAUGGAUGCAAAAGAGAAACUCAAUUUGCCAGGUCUCAGAACUAUGAGGUCUGGCUCCUGCCCAGCUCCUACAAUAAGUUGGAAGAUUGGUUUUGUAUAUAUUUUUCCACUUAGUAUCUUGACUUGGAACUAAACUUUUUCUUGAAAUUAGACCAUGCUAUGAAUUUUCUGAUAUUGGCACCUUCCACUUUUGUGGUGGGCGAUGUUAUUGGGUUUUAAUACUCACAGUAACCUGUGGCUAUCUCUUGGUUAAAUUUGUGUGUGCCCUUCCCCAAAAUGGGAGGGAAGCGUAGGCUUGCAUACGGGGAGGGGGUGCUAGCCACUCCAAUUGGCUUCUGGCCAUGGUGACAUAACUCUAAAGCUGUUGUUUUUUCCACAAUCAUCCUGGAUGAGCUUUACUCCUACGAGUUGCUUUUUCAUGUGCAAUUCAAAGACAAUGAGUUAAGAUUAUCCCCUGUAUAGAUCUAUUGUUUGACAGGAGGUUGAAUGUUUGGCAGAUCUGGUACA